AAAUAUUAGAAGUAUCUAAAUAUCUAUCAUAAUUAAUCUAUAAUAUCUAUCCAAUUUCUACACGAUCUCCAUCAAAUAUAUUAUUUAAAUUUAUUCAUGCGCAACGCAUGUCAUGCAUUGCUAGUAUUACAAAUGUUUAAAAUUCUUAACCUGUAAGGCAGAAUGGGAUCCUACGAAAAGAAAAAAACUUCUUAUGCACUUGUUCUUGAGUUGGUUUGGCUUGAAGUGAUGUCACCUCAAGUUAGUUGGUUACCAUGUCACUUCCAACUGUUUGAAGCCUUUGAUGAGCAAGAAGACAGUGUUGUAAUUCUUGAGGAUGAUUCUUCGAAGAAAAAGUUUCAUAAGCAAGUGCAUGAGACUCUUUUAUUUUCCAUCACUGAAGAAGAGUGGAAAUAAACCCCUUUUUUUUUUGUGAUAGCUAUCAGGUUCGUAGAAUGACCGAUGGAACCAACUGAAUACUAUGUUCUCAUAAAUUGAUCGAAGUUUGAUACACUACUUUGAAGAAAGAGAUGAGAUGAUCUACCUGCCUUAUUUUUACAUAGACGAGGAAUCACUCGCUAACUAACAAGAGGUCGACAAUGUGACCUUUAUUUCCCACAAGAGUACGAGCCACUAUAAUAGAAAAUGCAUAAGAAUAGAAUGAUCCAGUGAGGAGUUGGAAUGUCAUUAGCAUUUUUCAUUUUUAUUGAAACUGUAUAAAAGCCACAGCAUGCAACAAAAAAGAAUGCCCCGGAGAGAAAGCGUGAUUCAAUUCCAAGUUUUUGGGUCAAUUGUAUGCUAAAAAGAACCAAGUUUAUUGGUCUUGAAUAUCUCUUGGCAAAAAAGUUGAUCUAAAAAACUAAUGGCAACACAAAAACGAGUUGAAAGAUAGCAAGGUGGAUGCCCACGCGUUCCGCACAUCUGGACUUUAGAGUAGUGUAAAUGGUAGAUUUUAGCCUUUUCCAAGACUUGGUUCUUGUAGCCAUUUUUUGGUCAUAUAUUUCUUAUGCUCUGUACAGGCUAACUCUUGGUUUUUUUGUUGGCAAAUAAGAAGGCAAGAUAUUUUGGCAAACUCUGGGGCUUCUCUUGGAGAGUUUUAGGGUCACUUAGACUUUUGUCAAAGCAUAAUGGAACUAUGCUUGUUGGGCAAGUCAUUCUGCAUUUCUGUGUUCUUUUUGUUGUUUUUUGUCACAUUGGUUAUCUCUGGAGGUCUCUCAUCCUUUACCAGCUUUUGUAGUGCCUUUUUUUCUUCAUGUUUUUUAUAUUCUAUUUUUCUUGCAAAAUUAACUAAAAGAAGUAAAAAUAAAAAGUGUAAGUCAAGGGUUGUGUAAUCUCGGAGGUAAAGUAUUGCAAAGAAAAGGUUAUCUAGCAGUCAAGCUAAGAUCCUAACUGAUGUAUGCUUGGUUUUGAAGUUGGUGACUUCAAUUCAAUCUUGGUUCCUCAUACUCUAUGGACUUUGAAAUUUUGAAGAAGGUUGAAUAGCAGAUCAUCUUUUAACUGAUGUAAACCAAGUGUUUUACGAGAUAAUUACCAAUUUGCUGCUCUUUCUUUUAGAUGAAGUUGAUAGAAGUGUGAAAUGUCAUCAAGAUUCGACAAUUUAGAAUUUGGAUUACUGCAACUUCAUGUGUGAUUUGCUUUUAUUUUUUUUGGCAUAAAUGUUGGCCUGAAUAUAGCAAUGAGCAGUAGCAUGAUGUGUUGUGAGACGUUAUAUUUUGGUUCUUUGAUUGUAUACAAUAGACAGAUUUUUCACUGGAAACUGUUGAUAUGUGUACAUGCGGAUAUGAUCUGUUGUACCUCAGAAGGCAGGUCAUGCAAUUCGUUUGGUGUAUCUUCAUAUCUUUCGGCUGAAAUGUUGAUACCCUUUUGCAAGGGGCUAAGGAACUCAUUAUUGAAACAAUUGGCUGGAAAUUCAGUUGGUAUAAAAAUACAUGCUGUGUUUGUUUCCAAAGCUUCAGGCAGAAUACUCUCCAAGUAUGCUGGCAUUGCUGAUGUGGAACUGUGGAUAAUCCCCAGCUUUGAGAACUCGGCAUGGUCAAUCAUGGCUAUAUCUUUCAUUUCAUUACUUGCCAUGUCUGCAGUGCUGGCAACUUGUUUCUUUGUAAGAAGGCAUCGCAUAAGACGAGAACAACCUCGAGCUUCACAUGUUCGGGAAUUCCAUGGGAUGAGCAGUCGUCUGGUGAAAGCCAUGCCAAGCCUAAUAUUUACAGCUGUUUUAGAGGACAAUUGCACUUCAAGAACAUGUGCGAUAUGCCUUGAAGACUAUAGUGUUGGAGAGAAGCUUAGAAUUCUGCCCUGCCGUCAUAAGUUCCAUGCGGAUUGUGUCGAUGCUUGGCUUACAUCAUGGAGAACAUUUUGCCCUGUUUGCAAACGUGAUGCAAGAACUAACACAGGUGACCUGCCAGCAUCAGAGCGUACUCCACUGCUUUCCUCCACCCCAUCUUCUGUUUCUACUUCUAUGUUGUCAUCUGUGAGGUCGUCAUCCUCAGCCAUACAAAUUGUUCCAGCAUCGUCAAGGUCCCCUUCACUUUCUCAUUCUCAUUCCAUCUCUAGCACUCCUUGUAACUCUCAAUCCCUUCAGUCCUACCACCAAUCUCCUUAUCUUAGUGUAGGCCAGAGCUCUAUAGACCUUAGAAACACAUCAUCCCAAAGAUCUCAUGCUUCCUAUCUAGUUUCAUCGCAAUCCAUCUGUUACCCUUCGUUGUCGCAUCUUAAUUCCAGAUACAUGUCUCCAUAUAAUCGAAGUAUGGUAAAUGUUUCAACAAGUUACAUUCAGCAGCCACACCCAAUGCACUGUAGCCGAAGCUUUGUAGACCUUAGAAAUGCAUCUUCCCAACGAUCUCAAGCUUCCCAUGUAGUUUCAUUUCAAUCAGUCGGUUACCCUUCGUUAUCACCUCUCAAUUCCAGAUACAUGUCUCCAUAUAAUCGAAGUGCAGGCAAUGCUUCACCGAGCUACAUUGGGUCUUCUGGUCAGCAGCCAAACCCACUGCACUAUAGUGAGUCAGCUGCAAGUUUUUCUCCUUUUGCUUCGGCUCAGUCUCUUCCAGGAUGUUGA